AGAUUUGCAAAUAUUCGGGCUGAACUCGUAGAUUUAAGAUUCUUUCAUCGACUUUAUAAUGAUUAUACUCAUUAUUUGAUGGACGAUUUGUGGUGAAACGUAAGAAGAAUUGCAUUUUAAUAUAGCAAUCACAGGGAAAUUUUAUUCGCGAUAGUAUUUGUGACAAAUUCCAUGCAGUAGCUAUAGAUUCUGUAGAAGAUUCCGACAGCUAGAGCCGCAACGGUGAAUAAUUGAAUUUUCGGAGCCGUAGAUCGUGCGGAAAGCCCGUGUGGCUCGUUGAUUUUUACUGCGUACACUUUUCUGCGAUUAUUCGUGUUAUUUCUGGAAAAAUUCCACAAUGGAAGACGAGUGGGAUGCGGAUAAUGUUGAAGCCAAAUUCGACCUCGCAAUGAGGUCCAAUAAAUGGGAAGGCGAAGAUGAAGAAGAGGAAGUUAAGGAUAGUUGGGAAGAUGGAGAAGAGGAGAAGAAAGAUGUCGAGAAGGCUGCUGAGGCACCAAAAGCCAAGGCAAAACCUAAGAAAACAUUGGCUGAUAAACUCGUAGAGCGUGAGAAAAAGACGCGGGAAGAGGCCGAGCGGAAAGCAAAAGAAAAGGAAGAAGCACUAACACCUGAGGAGAAGCGAGCAGAGAUGCUGAGGCGUCAGAGGCUUCAAGAAGAAGCGGAUCUUCGGCUAGCCAUGGAAACAUUUGGUGUGACGCCAGAUGCAGUAAAUGCUGUAGGACUCGAUGCCGCGAUGCCUGAUACGAAGGAAGAAUUCGAUGAAUUCAAUGAGGCACUUUCGAAGAAAAUAAAUCAAUUCAACAAGCACGCUGAGUUCACUGCUUUUGCUGAAGAGCUAAUUAAAAAUAUCGCCGUAAAUCUGUCUUCGACGAGUUUGAAGAAAUUGAAGACGACGAUCGAAAAUUUAGCAAUUGAAAAACAAAAAAUUGAAAAAGGGGACAAGGGUAAGAAAAAUAAAGGAAAAGGCAAAGCGAAACUGCGUCUUGAGGGAGAAAACACACACUUAAACGAAUAUGGUGAUUACGGUUUUGACGAUGAAUUCAACGAUUUCAUGUAGCGCCAAGAUUUAAGUAACAUCCAGGUACUCUUACGAAGCAACUAUCAUUGCAUAAAUGAAAACACACGACAAAUAGAUUUAUUAUUAACGAGAAUGUAAUAAAAUAACAGCAAAAAAAACAAAAAAACAUGAAGCCAAGAUGAAUGUACCAAUAGUACAUUAUUGAACAUUGUAAGGCAUUUAGAUUCAUACCCGUUAUUAUACAUAUUAAACAUCAUUAUUAAAAAUAUACUGAAACCAGAGUGUUUUCAUAUGUUUCAGUUUUUUUUAUACAUUUAUUUGUGGCUGGCGGAAUAUUUUGUGCAUGAAUGAUACAAAGACUUAUUUUUGAGCAUGAACUUUGAAGUCAAAUAACUUUGAAUGUAGCAUUACAGCAAAAUUGAACAGAUCAAUUACAUACCUUGAGCUAUGGGUUGAUCAGUUGUCAUCAUACGCCAGUCUUAAUAUUAUCAGAACUUUUGGUUGUGUUUGUUUUCUUGAUCAAUGCAGUUUUGUUAUGCAACGCAAUAAUUAAUGUUAGCCAAUGAAUUUUGUACUGUUAAUUAUUGCUUCCACAUUGUGCAUAUCCGUUGAUAAGAAAGUUGAUUUUUAAGAGAGUAUAUUACUUAAUAAAGAUUCACUCAAAUACAAAUAUUAAAA